AUGAUUCUAGUUCAACAUGAAUGCAUCCCACAGGCAAUUCUUGGUAUGGAUAUCGUUUGUCAGGCGAAAUCGGGUAUGGGCAAAACUGCAGUGUUCGUUUUGGCCACGUUACAACAGUUGGAACCCACUGAUGGACAGAUUCAAUGUCUAGUGAUGUGCCACACUCGCGAGUUGGCUUUCCAGAUCAGCAAGGAAUACGAAAGAUUCAGCAAAUAUAUGUCCAUGGUCAAGGUGGGCGUGUUUUUCGGUGGCAUGAGUAUUAAGAAAGAUGAAGACAUUUUGCGCAACAACACUCCACACGUUGUCGUCGGCACUCCUGGUCGUCUGCUGGCCCUCGCCCGUAAUCGUCUCCUGAUCUUGAAAUACAUCAAAUUUUUCAUUUUGGACGAAUGCGACAAGAUGCUUGGAGAUUUGGAUAUGCGACGCGAUGUUCAAGAAAUAUUUAAAAUGACUCCUCAUGAAAAACAAGUCAUGAUGUUUUCUGCAACGCUGAGUAAAGAGCUUCGUCCAGUUUGCAAAAAGUUUAUGCAAGACCCUAUGGAAGUUUACGUCGAUGACGAAGCCAAGUUGACACUACACGGCUUGCAACAGUUUUAUGUUAAGUUAAAAGAGAACGAGAAAAACAAGAAACUCUUUGAACUGCUGGAUUUACUGGAAUUCAAC